AUGGAAAGUCAGGCCGAGCCAGAGAAAAGCAUAAGUUACACAAAACUCGCAUUUUCUAUCUUUAUGGCAAGGACGAUAGCAAUAGCACUUGCUUUACUGGAGGGCCCGUACUUUGCAGCAGGAAGAAUGACAAGGACUUUUAAGGUGUUUGUAGUGUUCUUAGACAUAACAAACAUACUGCAGUUCAUAUUUCUGUGCGACAUAAUCUAUCGCAAAAUCCUGUUUCAGUAUCUGCUGUAUAUCCCCAUUCUUGGAUACUCCCUGACUCUUACAAUCACGCUGAUAAUCAACGCACAUAACACCAGCAUCUUUCUGUAUACGAUGGAACACAGCAACAAGAGCCUGAGCAUUUCAUACCUCUAUGCAUACAUGGGGAUUGUCAUCUUUGAAAUUGCUCUUCUUCCGAUCAUAUACAGAAGACUCAAGAGCGACUUCAUGUGGGCAAACUUCAAGAAGGUAGGGGCCGAUCCUGUGAUUAAUGGUGCUUUUAAGAGGAGAGAGCAGUUUAACGCCAUCAGGAGAUUCAUGAUAAUCUUUCUGACUGGAGAGAUAGCAAGCUUCAACAUGAACAUCAGAGACCACAAAGAUGUUUACUUCUUUAUAGUAGGAACACAGAUUGGUGUUCUUGUGACAGCAAGUAUUUUUGAAAAUGAGGAGUAUGUGAGGCAGAGAAAGUUCCUUAUUCUGGUCUCUGGGCUUUGCACUCUAGGGGGGGUAGCAUACACGGUUGUCUACAUUUCCCUGGUUUCUGUAGGCUCCAAUACCACAAGAAAAGGAUCUAUCAUAGAAAUGGUAUUCUACACAAUCACAAUGUUUAUUUUUUUCAUCGGGGUGCUGAGAGACUAUCGGACAUUUGGAAAGGGGCUGAAGAACUACUACCAUGGAAACCUUGGGAUGAGGAAGAAGCUCACUACCUGA